UAAAACAAUGGCAUUGUUGUCUACAGAUCCCAGUGGAGAAUGCUGCCCAGACCUUAGGCUGAAGGGACACCAGAAAGAAGGGUACGGACUGUCGUGGAACCCCAACCUGACCGGACACCUUCUGAGCGCUUCCGACGACCACACCAUCUGCAUGUGGGAUAUAAACCAGUCACCCAAGGAGAACCGAUCUCUGGAUGCCAAGACUAUCUUCACUGGUCACACUGCUGUGGUGGAGGAUGUGUCCUGGCACUUGCUGCAUGAGAGUCUGUUCGGCUCAGUGGCAGAUGACCAGAAAUUGAUGAUCUGGGACACUCGAUCUAACAACACCAGUAAGCCCAGCCACACUGUGGAUGCACACACUGCAGAGGUGAACUGCCUGUCCUUCAACCCAUACAGCGAGUUCAUACUGGCCACAGGAUCGGCAGACAAGACUGUAGCCCUGUGGGACCUGAGAAACCUGAAGCUGAAGCUACACUCCUUUGAGUCACACAAGGACGAAAUCUUCCAGGUGCAAUGGUCUCCUCAUAAUGAAACCAUCCUGGCAUCUAGUGGGACAGACAGACGACUCAACGUGUGGGACCUGAGCAAAAUUGGUGAGGAGCAGUCAGCGGAGGAUGCUGAGGAUGGACCACCAGAACUGCUGUUCAUCCACGGCGGUCACACAGCGAAGAUCUCUGACUUCUCCUGGAACCCCAAUGAACCCUGGGUCAUCUGCUCUGUCUCCGAGGACAACAUCAUGCAAGUCUGGCAAAUGGCAGAAAACAUCUACAACGAUGAAGACCCCGACACUCCGGCGACGGAACUGGAAGCCACGGCCCAGGCCGCGCAGUAACGGAACAGCGUAGACUCCUUAGUAACAUGUAAUACUUCCCAGUAUAGUAGAACGGAUUUUGUAACAGCCCAUUUCAGGGUUGUAGCCAGCCAGAAAUCAUUUUCAGUCCCCUCAAUUUUGAAUGGCUUUGGCGCAGCAUUCCUAGGGGGGUCCGAGGGCAUGUGCCCAAGGAAAAUUUUGAAAUCUAGAUCCUCUGAAAUGCUAUUUCCUGCAUUUUGAGGGUUAAAUUUUGCUCACAGAGGACGGAAUGGGGGGAAAAUUUUUCAGUCCCCAGCUGCAAAAUUCCCUCAAAGGACUGAAGGACGGGUGCUGGCUACAACCCUGGCCCAUUUUAACUCAUACUCUUUAAAAGAAACUCUGUUCACUGAAAUUACAAGAAAGUACAAGUUUUCUUACUGCUUUAACCAACAUAUAUUGACAAAAUGUGAAAAAAAAUCUUCACAAGUUACUCUUAGCUUACAGUAUUCAAAAUGCUUGACUGUCUUCACUUGUUUCUUCAUUUCUGGCACUACAGUUAUGAUAAAGAGUAUUGGUCAACUUUGUUCACAGUUACAUGUUAAUGUGUAUAUAUAGAUGUCAGACGAGCAAAACAAAGAAUUAGUGGAGUAUUUCAACAAGACGAAGUAGAUUGGUGUAUCAGAAAACCCCUUAACGGUCCUAUUGUGUAUGGUUUCCAGUAAUUGUGGUGUCUUGCUGGUUACCAGAAUCCCCCAUUAUGAACCACUGACAAGUAAAAGUAACAUUUGGCUGAAACAGAAUUAUGAAAACUUGGUGGGUUUUUAGCAGAAUUGUGGUCUAUUUUGUAUCAAUUUCUAUAUCAACACCAGACUAUUGGACUUAGCUUGCAUUGCAAAACAGUGCAUUACAUUAAACUUCGUUGUAAUCAUUGGAUAAACUUGUAACAAAUAGCCAAAAAAAAAAAACAUACACUUGACUUUUACAGUGUAGCAGCACAUACAUGUACCUUAAUCUAAUGGAACAUUCCAUGUUGAUUGUAUUAAGGGGAGGUCGAAGGAAAUUGUGACAAAAAAGUGCCAUCUUGUAUUGUAUAGACCACCCAUUUCUUGUAGUACCUGUAUGAGCAGUGCAAGCAAUAAAAUAUCUGUCUUUGUAA